UAAUUGUCGAUAAGUUUUGGGAGUGUUGUGAUUUGUGAAUUAUUUAAAAAAAUCUACAUUCAUAGAAAUUUAAGUAAUGAAUCAGAUAAUAUGAAGUCUGUAAAGUACAUUUAAAUUAAAUCGACAACUUCUUUCGCCUUCAAAAAUAGCUAUGCCGGAGCAUUUGGAACUUCAGCAUCUUGUAGAUUUAUCUGUUGGAAGCGAUGAAACUUUGCCAAACCUUCUCGAGAAUAAACGACCUUUGAUAAAGCGAUGUCCAUACAUUGGUUUACUCCUGGCCACAUUAUCUUCGCUUUUCUUUUCAUUAUGUUCGGUAAUAGUGAAAAGCCUAGUUAACAUAGAUCCAAUCCAACUGGCAAUGUUCCGUUUUAUUGGUGUCUUAUUGCCGACUGUGCCGAUUGUUAUUUACACUGAACAACCAAUAUUUCCACAAGGCAAGCGAUUACUACUUAUACUACGAUCUAUUGUUGGAACCAUAGGACUAAUGUUAAGCUUCUACGCUUUUCGGAAUAUGCCAUUGGCGGAUGCUUCAGUGAUAGUUUUCUCAGUACCCGUGUUUGUUGCAUUGUUCGCUCGAGUAUUUUUAAAAGAGCCAUGUGGUAUUUGGAAUACAAUUUCUAUAAUAUUAACUCUAGUUGGUGUAAUACUAAUCACUCAUCCUCCAUAUAUAUUUGGUGAGGAAAAAGUUGAAAGCAAUGAAAAUUAUGAUAGUUUACGAGGUGCCAUUGCAGCAUUUGUCUCUACAAUAUUUGGGGCUAAUGCUUAUGUGUUGUUACGAGUGCUUAAAGGUUUACAUUUCUCUGUUAUUAUGACUAAUUUUGGUGCUAUUGCUAUAUUACAAACAUUAUUUGUUUCUGUGGUAUUUGGCACUUUGUGUAUGCCAAAUUGUGGUACAGAACGGCUUCUAGUUGUAUGCCUAGCUUUAUUUAGUUAUUUAGGACAAAUUCUACUGACUAUGUCUUUGCAAAUGGAGCAAGCCGGUCCAGUUGCUAUUGCAAGGUCUGCAGAUAUUGUAUUUGCUUUUCUUUGGCAAGUAAUGUUUUUUGAUGAGAUACCAAGUAAAUAUUCAGUUUGUGGAGCUGUCUUAGUUCUUUCUUCAGUAUUAUUAGUAGGUUUACGUAAAUGGGCUUUAGCUCUCCCAGCUGAGUCACAGUUAAGAAAAAUGUUAGGAAUUUUGGCACAAUAAAUAUUCUUAUACUUUAUAUUUUUCAUACAUUAAAAUUAUUCUAAUGGUGUCUUUUGAAGCCUUAGUAUAAACAUAUUGUGGUUCCAUUUUAGUAGUCGGAAGUAUAUUGAAUGUAGGCCUAGAUAAUGUUUAAAAUUUCAAAUUUAGUUCCUUCUAGUCAGUUAUGAAGUGAUAUUUUAAGUAAGUUUAAACUAAGUUAUCAAAGUUGUUUUUUAUAUAUUGAUAACAAUUUUUAUUUCUUAAAUCACUGAUGUUAUAAUUUUUAUAAAAUCUCUAGUACUUAAAAAAAUACUCCAAAGACUGUUAAAUAAACACAAUGUAUAGUUUAAAUUAACAAGCAUUGAGUCAAUGGGAUGAUGAAAAUUAUAUGUUAAUGUUCGGUAAGGCAUAGAAUGUACCCCUGUACCAAAAUCAAAUGAUUCCUGUAGUGUAAAUAGAUAUUGCAUUAUUAACUUAGUUUAUUUUUUAUAGGAUGAUACUUCAUUUUGACAUAAUUUUAUAAUAAUGCAAAAAACAUAUUUAUUUUUUUGCACAAAUUAUGAUAUAGUAAUUUGAUUCAAUUAUUUAAAUUAUAGCAUUGUUACUUAUAUUUACUGUUAAUGCAUCAAAUUUAAGUAGGCAUAAACUUAUCAGCUGGAGUUAUGUAAUUCAUGUUAGGAAAAUGUUUUUAGUGUAGGCUUGCAAUACUUAGAUCUGACUACACAGGGCUCAAUUUUCUUUUGUAAGGUGCAUUGAACAUAUUAAGUUCAGUAUAAGGUUCUUACAAUUGAAAAUUCAGUGCUAGAAAUAUAAGCUAGGCAUCUAGUUAAUACCUACCAUUUUGUGUUCCUUAUUGGCCUUAUCUUGCAUGUCUGGGUUGUGCUUACCAUGAUUAUAAAGCUUAAACAUACUUAAAUAAAAUAGCACAGGCCCAAAAACUCCUGAUCCUUGUAGUAAAUAUAAGUUUUCAUUCUACUAAUUUUGUCUUCACAGUACUCUUAAUUGAAUAUAUGACAUGGUUAAGCAGAUAUAAAAUAAAAUGGUUUAUCAUGCACAUUUUUUUUACCAAUCAAUAUUUUACUUGGUAUUAAAAUGAAAGUUAUCAUAGUAACAAUGUAAUUUAGAAUAUAAAAUACAACUAGUAACAAAAGCUAUACUGUUUUUAUUGCG